CGCCGUGUUCCAGGAUGAGGGCGGGUCCGUGGUGCCCCCAGAGCCUGGCAGGGCGACAGGCCUUCUCCUGGGGGCCCACACGCCAGCUUGCACCCGGAUGUUGGGGGGUGUCCUCACUCCAGAGGCCAAGGGGCCGCUGAUGCCCGGAGGGAGGAGGCCCCGGGUGGGGAGGCGCCCCGCAGCCCCCCACUGGCUCUGACUGGCGCCCCCCGCAGGUCUGGCGCCAUGCCUGGUCCCUCAGCGCUGUAGGCCCAGGCUCUCCAGGGCCACCCCGCCCACUCCCACCAUGGCCGGGGACCGGCUGCCCCGGAAGGUGAUGGACGCCAAGAAGCUGGCCAGCCUGCUGCGGGGCGGGCCCGGGGGGCCGCUGGUCAUCGACAGCCGCCCCUGGGCCGAGUACGACAGCUGGCACGUGCUGCGCUCCGUCAACAUCUGCUGCUCCAAGCUGGUGCGGCGCAGGCUGCAGCAGGCCACGGUGACCAUCGCCGAGCUCGUCCAGCCGGCCGCCCGCACGCAGGUGGAGGCCACGGAGCCGCAGGACGUGGUGGUCUAUGACCAGAGCACGCGGGACGCCAGCGUGCUGGCCGCGGACAGCUUCCUCUCCAUCCUGCUGAGCAAGCUGGACGGCUGCUUCCACAGCGUGGCCAUCCUCACAGGGGGCUUCGCCACCUUCUCCUCCUGCUUCCCCGGCCUCUGUGAGGGCAAGCCCGCCGCCCUGCUGCCCAUGAGCCUCUCCCAGCCCUGCCUGCCGGCGCCCAGCGUGGGCCUCACGCGCAUCCUGCCCCACCUGUACCUGGGCUCGCAGAAGGAUGUGCUGAACAAGGACCUGAUGACACGAAAUGGAAUAAGCUACGUCCUCAACGCCAGCAACUCCUGCCCCAAGCCAGACUUCAUCUGUGAGAGCCGAUUCAUGCGCGUCCCCAUCAACGACAACUACUGUGAGAAGCUGCUGCCCUGGCUGGACAGGUCCAUCGAGUUCAUCGAUAAAGCAAAGCUGUCCAGCUGUCAGGUCAUCGUCCACUGCCUGGCCGGCAUCUCCCGCUCUGCCACCAUCGCCAUCGCCUACAUCAUGAAGACCAUGGGCAUGUCCUCCGACGACGCCUACAGGUUCGUGAAGGACCGGCGCCCGUCCAUCUCGCCCAACUUCAACUUCCUGGGCCAGCUGCUGGAGUAUGAGCGCAGCCUAAAGCUGCUGGCCGCCCUGCAGGGCGAGGGGGCGCCCCACCCGGGGACCCCCGAGCCGCUCCCGGGCCCUGCGGCACCACUGCCACCUCUGCCACCACCUACCUCAGAGAGCGCCGCCACGGGGGGCUCGGUGGCCGCUGCAGCGUGGGAGGGCACGCCGGCCAGCGGGGGCGGGGAGUGCCCGGCCCCGGCCACCAGCGCACUGCAGCAGGGACUUCGGGGCCUGCACCUCUCCUCCGACCGCCUCCAGGACACCAACCGCCUCAAGCGCUCCUUCUCCCUGGACAUCAAGUCGGCCUAUGCACCCAGCCGGCAGCCCGCCGAUCCUGGGCCCCCCGACCCGGGCGAGGCCCCCAAGCUCUGCAAGCUGGACAGCCCUUCAGGAGGCGCAGUGGGUCUGCCCUCGCCCAGCCCCGACAGCCCCGAGGCGCUGCUGGAGGCCAGACCCAGGCUGCGCAGGCGGCCCCGGCCUCCCGCCGGCUCCCCCUCGGCCCCGGGGACGCAGUUCAAGCGCCGCAGCUGCCAGAUGGAGUUCGAGGAGGGCAUGGUGGAGCGCGCGCGCGGCGAGGAGCUGGCCGCCCUGGGCAAGCAGGCCAGCUUCUCCGGCAGCGUCGAGGUCAUCGAGGUCUCCUGA